AUGGACCGUGGAGGCUUUCAUGGCUACCGCAAGCACCCCAACACAAGCUCGGAGAUCAACAUGAGGCUAGCUGAGAUCAACCACAGCACCACCAACAAGUUUCAUACAACCACUGAUGACAUCGGUGAAUGUACUGUAAGGGAGCAAGACAGGUUCAUGCCAAUAGCCAAUGUUAUCAGGAUCAUGCGCAAGAUGCUGCCCCCACAUGGGAAAAUCUCUGAUGAUGCCAAAGAAACAAUCCAAGAAUGCGUGUCUGAGUUCAUUAGCUUCAUCACUAGUGAAGCCAAUGAACGCUGCCAACGCGAGCAACGCAAGACGAUAACAGCUGAGGAUGUGCUUUAUGCAAUGAGCAAACUAGGGUUUGAUGACUACAUCGAACCCUUGACCAUCUAUCUUCACCGAUACCGCGAGCUCGAGGGCGAGCGCGGCUCGAUGAGAGGUGAGCCACUGAUGAAGAUCAGGAAUAGUAAUAAUAAUAAUAAUGUUGAUCAGUAUGGAACAGUGGCUGGGGCUGGUGCUGGUGCUGCUUAUGCACCAGCAUUUCAUGUGAGCCAUCAUCACCAUCCUCAUCAUCAUGGAUUCUUUGGUGGGGCUCCUAUAGGAGCUGGAUUCAUGACUAUGAGAGAUGCUAAUUCCAAUGCUAGUUCCUCCCAUUCUGCUGCAUUGGCUAACGUUGAAGCAUUUGCUCAGCAUCAGUAA